ACCGGAUGUCCGGAUCGCUUAUAAGUUAGCUCGUUAGCAUAGCCCCCCAGUUUUUGAAUUGCCGCUUGCUGUUGCUUAGCGACCUAUGUAGUCUAUGGUACAGCAGCAGUAAGGAGCUAGCAGCUCGCAAGAAGAGUACUGUUUGUUGGUUAAUUUAGCUUAGCUUUAGGAAGAAGGUGACAACAGCAACAAGAGUGAGAAGUUAUUCGUAUGAGAUGAAGCUGGAUAAAUGUUAAUGUUUAUAGUGAAAAGCAGGUGUGAAGUUUGGUUAAGAAUGAGUAGCUACUGGUCUUCACGUAUCAUCACAUUGUAACCAGAAGUUGUGUAGCCUACUAAAGCUGCAUCCUUGCAGUGAAAAGCAUUUAGUUUAGUUUCAUUACGUUCGCUAAGUUUUAAAACCACCGAGGGCUAGGAGCCUGGAAGAGACCACGGAAGAUAAAGCUUUCGUCACUGAAGUUUUCAUGUGGGAGCUCCAGAUAUCUGGACCAGGCCCUGAUAGUCCCUGGGGUGACUGCAAAAUUAGUGUAUGACCUCUCAUCUGUUUCAACAUAAACUACACAUCACUACUACUCGGGUUACACUCCUCCGUCAGAUGGCGUUCUGCCUGGCUGAGCUGCACUUGUGGUCCACCAAGAGCUCGCUCCAAGUCAAAGAUACAGAUAUUGGCACCUAUCAGUACUACGAUAAAGGAGAGCCAGCAAAUCCUCAGGAGCAUCACUACUACAAUGAGAAACUCAAUUUCUGUGAUGCUCGAGGCUUCUCAUGGACCCCCAAGAACCGCAGACCAGAGAAGCUUCGUGAUUCGCUGAAGGAGUUUGAGGAGCUGUUGCAGACCAACACCUGCGUUCAGACCAGAUGGAGGAGCAAACAUUGCUGCCAGGUGAUGAUGAGCAGUGGAGUCCUGGUGACCAUGACCCUUAAUGGACCUCAACUUGAACAAGUGUUUAUAGACCGAACAUUAGUGGGCCGAUUACCAGCCAACACUGUGACUGAUGCGGUGCUGAGCGACAGGCUGAUUCUGCUGUCCUUCCUGGAGCAGAGCCAAGUGGCUGCAGUCUACCUCAACCAAAAGAACCAGGACACACCAGAGACUGGCAGGCGAACAGACAAACUUUCAGCCUCUGAAAUCAAGGUAGUCUGUGUAGAUGUGAGUGGACAGGGUCGAAGGCUUCACAGACGUGUCGGUCUCAACCGUCUCCAGGAUGUGGCACUGGUGUGGUGGAACCUGGACAAGCUCGACGAGGAGCUGUGGACCUGGACUCCCUCAAACACACCCAGGAACAACGUGGUCCUGCUCAGCUGCUCACCUACUGAAGGCCUCAAGGUUCUCAGCUCUGUCCGGACAGAAGGAAAUCUCCUGGACUGUCGAUUUAGCCUUCUUCAGCCCUACCAGCUGCUAACAGUGGAGAUACCUCCAGGACCCCAAGAAGCCAGAGAGGGGUUUUGGGCCCAUACUUGUGUGUAUGAAUGUGCACGAGAGCGCCUGCACCGUCUGUCCGUCAUCCGCAUCCCACUACCAUCCCAUCCUGUCUCUUGCUCCCGUCACCCCUCUGAGGUCACACUUCUACUUGGUUUAAGGGACUCCUCCUUGGUCCUGUACGACCAGCGACGGGGGGUCUCUUUCUUGGCCCCCUGCCCUCUGCCACCCACCCUCCUGGCUUGGCACCCUGCUGGGGCUGUGGUCAUGGUAGGGGGAGGGCAGGGGGAGUUGAUGUGCUUUGAUCUUGGCUUGGCACCUUUAGGCAUGGCACUGUUAGCAGAGGAGGUAGCUUCAGCUGCUACUUUAAGACUAGCUCAGCACCUGCGCUGCUGUGGAGGCCUGGAAGGACUCUGGUGGGGGGCUGGCCUGGAAGGAGCCCCAGAGGGAACCGAUAUCCUGAUGUUUGCUCUUCACGGAGGACCACUGGCAGCCCUGAGAUUCAGACUAGGAGCUCUGACUGGAGGACAGAUGGGUCCUGUUGAGCUGCUGCAGCAGCGCCUGCGAUGUGGUCAGGUCAGAGAGGCACUCGGCAUUCUGGAGGCCAUGGACUGGAGCAUCGUGGGAGACGAGUGCUACAGAGGCCUGAGUUUGGUCACCAACCACCUGCUGAGGCUGGAGCUGAACACGGAGCGGGAGGCCCAGCUGGAAGCUGCUCUUGGAGUGUUUUAUGCUCCAGCUGCUCCUCUGUCUGAUGUGGUGAUACUUGCGUACAGGGAACCAAUCAGCAAGUACGCCCGCCGCUUUUUUCACCACCUCCUCAGACACCAGCGCUUUGAGAAGGCCUUCCUGCUUGCCGUAGACUUAGAAGCCCGGGACUUAUUCAUGGACCUCCAUUAUGUUGCCGGCGAUAAGGGCGAGGUGGUGCUCGCGGAUGUGGCCAAGAGGAAAGCUAAUGAAAUCGAGGCCCGGGCCAUCGCAAGCAACGAGGAUCCUCUGAGAGACAGAGAUGGUGGGUUAUGUGAGUCCAGCCCCGGGGACAGACAAACAGAAAGAAACCAGAGCACAACAAGAUCUUCAUACCCGGAAACUCUCACAACAACACAUGCUGAUGGAAGAGCCAAUCAGAGGAGACUACAGGAACAGAGCAUACGUGUGGCUGUUGACCCGGACGUGUUCAGGACACAGAGACAAACAGGAAGCAGCAGAGGACUUGGAGACAACAGAAAUGAUGAAGACGAUCCCGGGACGCUUCAUGUGGUCCACUUAGGAAUGGUUUGAAAAAAAAACAAUAAGAGCACUUUAUAAAUCCCAACGAGACAUUGAGGAGCAAACACAGCAUCUCACCAACAACGGGCUCUCUUUGUGGAUAUUUUUAAAUGAAGUCUGUUUACUUACCUGUCUCAACACCAGGAUGAAG